AUGGCGACGCAGCUCGUGGCUCUUCCGGAGGUUGAGCGCCUCAGUGCAUCGGUUAUUAGGAUUUUGGGCGGGAACCCGGGGAAGUUCACACUGCAAGGAACAAACACAUACCUUAUCGGCCGCGGCUACCAACGCAUCCUAAUCGACACCGGGCAGGGCGAACAAGCCUGGGCCAAACAACUCCAAACCGUCCUCACCGACGAAAAAGCCACCGUCCACCAGGCCCUCCUCACCCACUGGCACGGCGACCAUGUCGGCGGCCUGCCCGAUCUGAAGCGGCUCUGUCCCGAGGCUCAGGUAUUUAAACAUCACCCUGAGCCGGAGGGUGAGUAUGCGGAUAUCAAGGAUGGGCAGGUCUUCCGGGUAGAGGGGGCGACGCUUAAGGCGUUGUUUACGCCUGGUCAUACGGAAGAUCAUAUGGCGUUUGUGCUGGAGGAGGAGGAUGCGAUAUUUACGGGUGAUAACGUCCUCGGCCACGGCACCGCCGUCUUCGAAGACCUAAAAACCUACUUAGACAGUCUCCACCGUAUGCGCGACCGCGUCCAGGGCCGCGGAUACCCGGGCCACGGCGCAGUCCUAGAAAGCGCAACCGCCCGCAUUGCCGAGUACAUCCAGCACCGGCAGCAGCGCGAGGACGAAGUCCUGCGCGUGCUGCGGUAUGGCAAGUUAGAUGUGGCGGUGGGUGAACCCGAGCCCGAGCCGAGACGGGCGUGGACACCGCUGCAGCUGGUGAAGCAGAUUUAUGUUGGGGUUCCGGAGAAUUUGCAUUUGCCGGCGUCGCAUGGGGUGUCGCUUGUGUUGGCCAAGUUGGAGGGGGAGGGGAAGACGGUGCAGGGGGAUGAUGGGGCGUGGAGGUUGGUUGGGGGGAGGAGUGCGUUGUGA